AUGAAUAUUUUUAGAAGGAUAAAAUUUAUUAAUUGUGGGAAAGUAGUAAAUUUCUCAUUUACUUAGUAGAAAAUAAAUUCAUUGAUGUAUCAGAAAAAACUAUACUUGAUUUCAGCUGUGGUAUUGGCUUAUUAAGCGUUUAUUGCUUAGCAAAUAACUGUAAAAAAGCCAUAUUAACAGAUAUUUAAGAUAGCCAGCUUUAGGAAAUUACUGAAUAAAACUUUUCCUUAAAUUAAGAUUUAAUUAAUUAAAAACACGCAGACAAAACAUAAUAAAAUUGGUACUUUACUAGUAUUGACUGGAUAGAUUUAGUUUAAGAACCUUUAAAAUACAAGUCUUUAUUAGACUAAUCUGAUGUUAUAUUUAUGA